UUCGUUCCUAUAAGAACACAAAAAGAGCAAUGCUUUCAAAUGAUACUUAGGAGAAGCUUUAGAAAUUCUUGAAAAUCAGUGACAUGGAAGCUUCUACUCAGCUAAACGACACCAGCAAAAUCUCCAACUUUAGUGGUAUUGGAGGCAACUAUGAUGAAAAGGGUUUAGGGAUAUUUUACCAUGACAAGGUGUCACCAGACGCUGAUCAGGUUGUGCACAUGUCAGUUUCCAAAGCUGAGAAGCGACUCAAAAAGCUCGAGAGGGAUUAUCAACACACCUAUGAGAAUUACAUAGAAACCCGAUCAAACAGGUUUAGGUUCUACAUCGACGCAAAACAUUCAAACUAUCGCAGUGGCCAGGCUGGAAACGCUAUCAUAUAUUACAAGAAACUGCGAGAGCAACUGCAGAAUAAUCUUGACAAAAUGAAUAAAGCAGAAGAAACAGAAAGAGGAGUAGAAAGGCCUGACUACUUCAAAUACAGUCAAAGUAGAAUUCCAAAAAGUAGCAACAGCAAAACAGUACAUGAUCUGCUGAGGAAAUUUAAAGACACAGAGAAGUUGAGGGAGAAAGCUAUUAUUGCCAAUGGUGAAAAUGUCAACAACAACCCAACAAGUCAGGACAGUUUGAAAACAUCUAUUGAGAUGGAAAUAAAGCUUCUGACAAAAGUAAUAAAAAAGCUUGGAAAAGAAAUGAGAGGGAGAGAGACAAGGAUCUGGACUGAUAAUGGUCACGAGGAAAAGAUGAGGCAUCUAGAGAAAAAAUGUGAAUGGAUAUGCGGGAAGUGGGAUGAAGAAAAGAAGUAUAUUGUAGGGUUGAAGAAAAAUACAUGAGGGGGUUGUAAGCUUGUAAGACGUCCCACUAGCAUUUCAAAGAUCAUUACAUUGUUAAUUCUUCCCGCUGUAGUAGUUUGGUUUGGGACUCCAAAUCUGCUUUUGCUAAACUGUCCACACCGUUUCUACUGCAAACUACCACUUUCAGUAAACUCAUACAUUAGCUAUAAUCACAAGCCUAGCAAAAUUUGUUCUACAAGAUUGGAACAUAUCAACGGUGAUUAUGCCUAAAAUCUAGGACUCGCAAAGAAGAGACAGGGCAAAAGAUCACCAGAGUUUGAUCAAAUGUUAGUUCAGCAUGCCACCAUUUACUACCUUUAGAGUCUAGACUCUUUCCAGAGUUGUAAAAGGACACAUAAAAAGACUUGAGAUUUGAAUGAAUCUGAUAAAUUCUCUGCAAAAUUAUGUUUUUCCAGUUUGUGAAUACAUAUUCCAAAUACAUAUUCCAUAUAUAUAUAUGGAAAAAAAUGUAAUAACCAAACUAAUUAAUGUGUAAAAAACAUUCAGCAUU